AUGGGAAACUCCGCUGCCACUAUUCAACAAAGUAAUAUUCAAUUACUAACUAGAAUCGAAUCAGUCACUGGUUACAGAUUUAAAAAUCUACAGUUAUUAGAACAAGCAUUCACACAUGAUAGUAUGCGUGUCGGAAAUCAUAAUGCUGCAACAUAUCAACGUCUAGAAUUUUUGGGUGAUAGUGUAUUGCAUUAUACUAUUACUAAGUAUUUGUAUCAACAAAGACUAAUGGCAAAUGAGGGUGAACUUACAAUAGCACGAUCAAAUUUGGUAGACAAAGUAAAACAAAGAGAAAUAGCAAGCACUCAUGGAUUAGCUGAUUUAGUGGCUUUCGUACCGGGGUUUGAUAAGACAAGAUUUUCGGGUAAUCAUAAAUUUGUUGAAGCUCUCAUUAGUGCAAUCCAUCAAGAAGGUAGAGUAGAGCAAGCGAAAAAAUCAAUUUAUAAACUAUGGGAUCUCACAUACAGUACUAACAAAACAAUCUACUGA